AUGGAAGGUCCAACCCUUGGACAACCAUGGGCGACCUUCGGUCUAACGGCAACUGGGAAACCAAAGAGGAAGAGAGUUAGAUCGGUCAUGGGUUGUCUGACAUGUCGUAAGAGACGUGUCAAAUGCGACGAGAAGAGACCAAGAUGUAGUAAUUGUGCUAGACAUCCACUUAGGAUCUGCCAGUAUGAAUAUGAGAAUGAAGACGAGGAGAAGCAUCUGGGCGAUGUUGAGUCAAGCGUUGCCAGCAUGGAAGACUCCUCUCUAGACCGAUCCUCAUUCGCUUCUAGUUCCAAAGUCACGUUGGAUUCCUUGAGCCCUUCACACAUUACAGUAGAUCAGAUCCUAUCACCCUUAACACAGAUCUCACUGGAAUCUAGAAACUAUGAAAAUUUGCUGAAACAAAGACAAGUGGUACACUACAUGGCGGCCGAGUUCCAGUCCCUUGCGCUAUUGAACCCUCUUGCAACCUCCGAAAUGGAUUUAUCAAAUACAUUCCCUAUGGUCAAGCCCCAAGCAACCACUCAAAAUAGUUUCACGGCGCUACUUACCAAUCCUUCAGCUCUCGUACGGCGUUGUUUCGCUUCCUUCUUUGACCACUCACACCAUCGAGCUGGUAUGAUGACACCUGUUGUUUCUCCUGAAGGCUUUCUACCAAUGGGUUCAGCUCAGAACCGAGUCAAACUAUCAGAUCCUUUCAGAGCAUACGUUACGUCAGUGAGGGAAAACAGGGAUAACUUGAUCACAGGAAAAUUAGGUGUGGUCGCAUUCGCCUUAUCCCUUUGUGAACAUUUAGAAUCGCCAAUAUCUACAUGGAGGGAAAAGUUGAAUGUCAUGAUACAGAGAUCAGUUGAGAAAGGUGGACCGGGUUGGAUUAUCGGUGUUUCACCGCCUUUGACGGGAUAUCAGGGUGGUCAAUUGGAAAAUAAGGAACCGUUAUCUACCGCUUUAUAUGCUGAAUUAGGUGCGAUGCUGGAUAUAUAUGCUUGUUUGACAAGUGGUAAAAUUCCGAUAUCACUUUCUGAACAUCGUCAAGAGACUAAACCAUGGUUUCUAUCUUCGCGAGGAGCACAAAUGCAGGCAUCACCUUUGAUACCCGAUAUAAUAGAAGUGAUCUUUGGAUUUCCCAGAGUACUCGCACCUACUUUCGCACAUGUCACAGCUUUGAUAGCGAAAAGAUCAAUGAUGGAUUCGCAAGAUUCGACUUUAAAAGAGAAUCUGGAGUUUGAAUGUACGAGCGCGAUGAUGGAAUUGGAACAUGUAUGGCCGGCAAGAUUAGAAGCUAGAAGAGAUGAUAGAAGAUUACAAUUUGGCGGUCGAAUUUGGCGAUUAGGUCUAAUGAUCCUACUCCAACAUAAAGUCUCAAUGUUCUCUACCACUUCUCCAGAACUAGGCUCAUUGGUCAUUGCAUUCUCUCAACUGUGUAACGAAGCCAUCGGUGAAAUUGGUCACCUGGCAGGAUGGAUAUGGCCAAUCCUAUUCGCUGCAUGCGCAUGUCGCGAUCACCAUCAACGUGAGAUAUUCAUCAGAUUGUUACCAUUUGCAAAAGGUCCCGUUGAAAGUGGUGAUAAUUCUCAACACGCUCAAAGGAUCCUCACCAUGAUCUGGUUUUAUCAAGAUAUAGGUGAUAAUUCAUAUCAUCUCCGCGAAGCUGUCAGAGACGAUACUUCUUUAGAUCUGAUUAUUCUGUAA